AUGUCCAAGAACGAAUACUUUAAUACCCCAGAAGGUCCGCCACCUGCUUUUAAUCAAAGUGAACAUCAACAACAUAAUUCCAAUUAUAUUCCACAAUCUCAACCAUCAUAUAAUCCACAACAACAAGACAGAGCAUUUGGAUAUCAUCAUAAUCAACAACAAGGAUAUGGACAGCAACAAGGUUAUGGACAAGGUCCUCCCCCAAAUGCUUAUUAUCAACAUCAACCACAAAGUUAUAGUGCUCCACCUCAAGGAUAUUAUCAACAACAGCAACAACCAAUGUAUGUUCAACAACAACGAACAAGUAAUAAUGAUGAUUGUCUUAUGGCAUGUUUAGCUGCUAUGUGUAUUUGUUGUACUUUGGACAUGAUAUUUUAG